CCAGGUUUUGCAGAGCGUGAGAUCGUACCACGGCUGAGUAAUUAACCGCCAACCGAUUGUGCCUCCGGCCAUAAGUAGUUCGCGGGCGUGAAUUUUGGGGGCGUUAGGAAGCAUCGCCGAUGGGGCUUCUGGUUGGAAUGACUUUGGUCCUCACCUUAGUGGGAUGCUCAGAUUCCCGCUCCCACACGCUGCACUAUUUCUACACCGCAGUUUGGGAACCCAAGGAAGACACCCCCUGGUUCAUUGCCGUGGCCUGCUUGAAUGGCCACCUCGGCGGUCACUACGACAGCAAGACGAGGCAGGCUGUACCUCGACUGUCCUGGAUGAAGAAAGUGGAGGAAGAGGAUCCCCAGUUCUGGAAGUGGAACACGGAGAGGGCCCGCAGCGAUGAGCUGAGGCUUUGGAGGGAUAUGGAGAAUCUCAAGAAGCAAUAUAACCAAAGUGGGGGGCUUCAUACCUGGCAGAAAAUGUACGGCUGUGAGCUCAGGGAAGACGGGAGCAAAAGAGGGUAUGACCAGUACAGCUAUGAUGGGAGGGACUUCCUCAGCUUUGACAAGGAGACCCUCACUUGGACGGCAAUUGAUCACGAGGCCCAGCUGAUCAAGAGAACCUGGGAGGCUGACCUGGACAGGCUCUGGCGAAACAAGCUCUUCCUGGAGGAGAUCUGCAUCGGACUGCUGCGGAAGUUCCUAGGAUAUGGGAAAGAAACAUUUGCAAGGAAAGAACUCCCAACAGUGAACGUCACCCUCUCGUUGGACCCCUCAGGGUUGCUGGAGACAUUGGUCUGCCAAGCCUUUGGCUUUUACCCCAAGGAGAUCAAUACUACAUGGAGAAGGGAUGGGGUCAUCUGGGAGGAGGAAACCUUUUGGAAGAGCGUCGCUCCCAAUUCCGAUGGAACCUACCAUGCCUGGCUCAGCAUCCGGAUCAAUCCCAAAGAUAGGGACCACUACCGGUGCCAUGUGGAGCACGCCAGCCUUGCAGAGCCCCUGGUUGUGGGCUGGGAGGAGAAGACAGUCCCUUUCGCUGUGGGCGCCAUCCUGGGAGGAGUUCUGACUGCUUUCCUGCUGGCAUCAGUUGGACUCAUCGUGUACAUCAGAAUUCAGAAGAAGAAAAGGAAAACUUCUCAAACAUCACAAGAAAAAACAGUGGGACGGGAGUUAGAGGAACUGAUGACCCUUGCUCCUAGCCACAAUACAGCAUGAGAGGACAAAAUAUUCGGGAUGAAAAUUGUCACCAUCCACCAAGCCAUUCCCCUCCAGACUCGACAAUUUGGGAAGCUGCUCUUCAAAUGCAAGAUCUUCUCACUUGUUUCUCUUUCAAUGGUGGUGUAGGUAAAACAAUCUGCUUCUUGUGGAGCUAAAAGCAAAUAAUGGUGGGAAAUAAUAGAUAGAUAAACUUUAUUGUCAUUUUUUGCUAUGGGCACACUGGCGCCCAUUAAAUAGGAAAGUCUGUUGCCUACUCUUGAAAGUGUACACCUACGUACACAUAUACACAUGCUAUAUACAUAGAUAUAUACAUAUACAGUGUAUAUACCUACAUCCUAACAUAUAAAUACAUAUAAAUAUUAAUCACUGUCCAUCUUGAAUACAUAUUGGAAAGAGGAAGCUUGAGGGUUCACAAGGUUGAUGCUGUGUGAAACAAAACUGUGACCGAAUCUGGAUGUUCUGCUUUGGAUACCACGAAGCCUCCUCCCAGAAGGUGACAAGGAAAACAGGUUGUGAAGAAGAUGUGUAGUGUCCUACACAAUCCUGCGGACCCUGCUCAAGCAUCGCUUAUAUCCUAUAUCCUGGAUAGGCGGAAGGGAACUGCCAAUAAUCUUUUCUGCCGUCCUCACCACUCUGCACUACCUUCCUGUCUGAAACAGUAAUGCUUCCAAACCAGACUGUAACGCCUUAAGGCAGAAUGCUCUCGAUCGUCUCUCUAUAAAAAUUUUGCUCCAAAAUUAGGUACAGUAUGGUUUUCAUAAGAUGACUGGUAUUUGAUUUGUAUUUAUAGCUUCCUGAAAGUUUGUAUGAAUGCUAGCAAUUUUUAAUGGAUAUGUGUAUUUUAUUUACAAUAUUUGAUUUAAAUUGUUGUUUUUGUAAUGGGGGGUUGUCUUGGAAAUGAUGUUUAUUAGAAAAUACAAUACAACAACUUUAAAAUAAGAUUUCAGAUCUCAAGGUGUCUUGUGGCAUGAUUUCGAUUAAAAAUUCACAGAUGGAGUCUUCUUUUUAUUGACUCGUAAUGAAGCAAUAAUUAAUGCACUCUCUUAAGUAGUACCAAUAAAGAUGGGUUAUAAAUAGAAAUAGAAUAACAGAGUUGGAAGGGACCUUGGAGGUCUUCUAGUCCAACCCCCUGCCUAGGCAGGAAACCCUACACCACUUCAGACAAAUGGUUAUCCAACAUCAUCUUAAAAGCGUCCAGUGUUGGAGCAUCAGGCAGACAAAUAGAUAAGGUGUACUAGCGGUAAUCUCUGACUGAGCUGGAGUGUGAAAUAUUUUCUAUUAAAUAAUUUAAAAACUGUUACAUUUUCAAUGUUUCCAUGUAUGGGCUUAUUACUGCCUCUUGAUUCUACUUGUUCUAUACCCCUAGGAAUCAAGUCAGGAAAAUG